AGCAGUCACACGCCCCGGCCGGCCCCCAAUCACCCUCUCUCUCUCUCUCUCUCUCUCUCUCUCUCUCUCGUUGCCGCAUCCGGAAGAGAAAUUCGAGCAACAAUCGGAGCGGAGGGGAGGCGAGGCGAGGCGGCCGGCCGAGGGCGACGGCGACGGCGAGGGGAGGCGCGAGGCGCGAGGAGGAGCGCUCGAAGUAGUAGCUACAUAUAGCUAUGGCUGAUCCGCUUGCUCCGGAUGCUCUGCCUUCCGUGCAAAUGGUUGAUUGGAGACCCUUGUGCCUAGCAGCGAGGCCAUCCCUGUUCCUCGUCCUCCUCACACCCUUGCCUGGUAACCGGAAAGAGACCAAGAGGCUCAUGGACCAAGCCGGCACCAAGUCUGAGCAAGAGAAGAGGGCAAUUCGUAGAUUGAAGUGGUUAACAGAGACCGGACUUGCCUCGCACAUCGACGCCCGGUACCUCUACGUGCUCACAUGCGCCCACAUCGUCGACCACCUUUUUCACGCGGUGGACAGCCCAAUCCAAGCAGAGAAGGUGCAGGAGCUGUUCAGGGUCGAGGUCACCUGCCACCACGCCGAGAGAGCCUUCAUCGAGGGGGGGAGGGUCGGCGACCGAGCCUACGCGCCGGCGACAGUGUGCGGGAUCAACUGCGCCAGCGACCUCAUGCUGCUGCGCGUCGACCUCGGCGACCUGCCCCUGAGGUUCAACGACGACGGGCAGAUGGAGGCGUGCCCGCAUCCGCACCCGAUCCCGCACUUCUCCCCAGAGCAGGUGCCGGCCGCCGCCCAGCUGAUGCUGCUUUCUUGGCCCGAGUUCCGGCCCUGCACGUUGGCCACGGGCCUUUACUGCAUGCAGCGGUUUCUGCCUGACAUGAGCACCAACCCUGUUGGAUACGAUCUCUUUCUUCUGGAGGCGUACAUGGGAAGCCAGGGGGGCUCCUCAGGAGGGCCGCUGUUCGAUUCUUUCCGGCGGGUCAAGGGCAUCCUUCACGGCGGCUCUGGCGGACCGCACUCCCACUUUAUCCCGUCCAGAAUCAUUCUCCCUUUCAUCCAGGCGUACGCGGUCCCUCCAAAGCCUCCAGCCCCAGCUCCCUCUGCAGAUGACAAGCCAGGUCCUCCUCCGGGGCCGGGAGAUCGCAAGCGCGGCCCCCCAAAAGAUGACAAGUCUGGUGGCUCCAAGCGACGCCUGUCUUCUGGUUCCCAAGGCAAGAGCAGCAAGUCCGCUGCUGCUGCAGGUGGGUACGGCCGCCGGCAAUACGUGCUCAAUCCCGGCGAUGACUGUUAUUGAUGAUGCAUUCUAUUCUAGACCCAGUCCCACACCCAGACUGAGACGAUCGACGCCAGACAAAAACUCCGACUUGUCUGUUUAUUUGGUUCCCAAGACGGAGAGCAGGUCCGCUGCAGCAGCAGGUGGAUCCCGGCGAUGCUAGCUGAGAGAGAGACUACCUACCCUACCCUACGCUACCCAGCGAGAUGAUCGACGCCACUUAUCGGUUUAUUUGGUUAUUAUCCAUUCUUAGUAUCCAUCCGAGAUGGACGAUAAAAAUAGAUCGACGAUAUAGUGCGUGGUAAUACUACCUCCUUCCGAGUUUAUUGGACCCCUUCGUAUUUUGGUCCAAAUUUUGACCAUUUAUAUACUAUUAAAAUAUAAAGUAUAUGCUAUAAAAAAUUAUACUGUUGAAUUUGCAUUUGAAAGAGCUUUCCGACAAUAUAAUUUUUCUGACAUAUAUUUUACAUUUUGUUAGUUAAAUGUUUAACUCAAAAUUUAGCCCAAAAUAAGAGAGAGGUAUAUAUUUAUAAUUGUUUAAUUCCAAAACUUGUUUUGCGCCCGUGGGUGGAGCCAAUACUAGUCAGGUACAAAGUUUUAAAUAGCGCGCUAAGCCUCUUAGCGGCGGACCUCUUCUAAAUGCUAUAGCGUGCUAUAGCGAGCUAUUUAAAAUGUUUGCUCAUGUGUUUGGACAAAAGACCUUUAGCGUAGGACCUCUUUUAAACGGUAUAGCGUGCUAUAGAGGAGCUAUAGCGGGCUAUUUAAAACCAUGGUCAGGUAUCGUCCGGCAGUCCACUUUUUCCCCUUGGCUUCUCAGCUCCGCGACCUAGAUAGAUAGAUAUAGAUGGCGCUCAUCUUCAUCAGCUUCUCCAACCGAUCGGAGGGAGGGGGAGGCCUUGCCGAUGUCGUCCGCCGGCCGAACCGGCCUCCUCUUCCACCCGUUGUCCUCGCCGGCGGGGUGCCUGCUGGAUCGUAGCAACUACUUUGGCUCUCCACGACCUAUACUUGACUUGCCUUAACCAUAGUCAACAUGUAGCACUCAUGUCGAUUGUAAUGUUAGGUUCAAAUUAAUCAACGUGGAAGAAUGGAUAAUUAAAACUUGCUUAUCCCACUUUCCUUUUUUUUGCGGGAGUGUUUGUCCAUGGUUAAGAGUUAGGAUUCCCUUGUUUACACUAGAAUUUUUCAGUUUCCUCCAUUAAGAAAAAAAAAACAAUGGUAUUGUCCAUGACUAGCAAAACAGAGCGGUUAAUUGCCUUAUUGUGUGUCCAUGACUAGCAAAAUAGAUGU